ACCACCAUGACCAUGACUCAAAUCUCUUCAAGCCCGAGACAACCGGGCACAGUAAGCACUGCCUCGGCAGUGGAUCGUACCUGUCCAACCUGCCAGCAGCUCUUCGAGAGCGUGGAGCUUCUCCGGCAGCACCAAAUCUAUAAGUGGCACAGACUCGCCUGUCCGAGCUGUUUGAAGACCUUCGUUACUGCGGAUGCAGUAUCUCAGCACCAACGAGCCGCGCAUGGCUCGACGUCAACAGCAAGGGGGUCGUCUUCAUUCCCUUCUCAACCAUAUGGAGGAACGGUAGCGAAGCGUCUCACUUCGGCUUCCAGUGCACAGCCUUCUGAGCCGAGCUGUGCGGAUGCAAAGAACCAGCAGCAUCUUCGACUCGCCUACCUCACGAGCCUAGGUGAGGGAGCGCUUCUCCCUAUAGAGAAGCCAGUGCAGUCUCCCAGCGUAGCUGUGGAGCCAGUCACUCUACGUAAGAGUGACAGUAUCACUACGACCACCACCAUCACCACGACAUCACCAUCCUCAUCAUCAAGAACAACAACCACCGCCACCACCACCAUCACAUUACCAGUCCUCACAAAGCAGGACCUCCUCUUGGCGCGCCUCCUUCCGCGCUGCCAUUCAACCACCUGCCUCAGCACACAGGGCUACAACUUCUUGACAGUCGAGCCACCAUGGGCGCAGCCCUGGAACGGAGCGGUCCCCAGGUCACUCUUCCAACACAUACCUACCCAUAGCACCUCCACGCCACCACGAGCAAGAAAGGCCGUGGUCAUCGACUGCGAAAUGGUGAUGACAGAGGAUCCCUAUGGACGGGACCGGAGCUACAACGGGCUGGCGUACCUCGCGGCGGUAGACUUCCUGACAGGGGAGGUGCUCAUCGACCGUUACGUGCGGCCAUCGGGGCGGGUGACACGCUGGAUGACCCGGAUCACGGGCAUCACGCCAGAGAGCAUGAACGCGGCCAUCCUGCACGGGCAGGCGUUUGAAUCGUGGCAGGCGGCCCGUCAGGGGCUGUGGGAGCAUAUCGACCGCGACACGGUCCUCAUCGGACAUGCGCUGCACAAUGAUCUCAACGCGUUGGGGAUCAUUCACCCGCGGGUGGUCGACACGGCGAUCGUGACGGCAGAGGCUGUGUUCUCGACACGGUGGGGCGAGGCAAGGCGGUUCCCCCGACUGUGGGGGCUGAAGACCCUGGCGAUGGCCAUGCUGGGACGGCAGAUUCAGGCCAGUAGUCAGGGGCAUAGUGCCGUCGAGGAUGCGUUGGCGACCAGGGAUGUUCUGCUCUGGGGGCAGGAGAACACCGUUCUCUUGGGGGAGUGGGCGCGUCGGGAGAGGAGACUGCGCGACGAUGUCUUGGGCGUGGGGCUGUCGGACAGUGACAGCGAAUCGGAUAGUGCAUUUUGGUCCGACUUUGAUGGGGACUCGCUCUCGUCUCGUUCGGAUUAUAUUUCCAUUUCCGAUCCCUGUGGGAUCUAG